AUGGCAGACCGCUCGGCCCCGACUACGAUAGCUGUCAUCAUCAGCACAGCGCUCAUUGCCGGCGUCAGCGGGUAUCUGCUAGGAAUCGGGUCGUCUCUGGGUAUCAUCCCGAAUCCUUUUGGCGCGAAGACGCCGGUCAAGCGGGGAGUUGAGAAUUAUGACGACGAGGAGGAGAGUGAGGAGGAGGAUAUCGACGCUUCUAUACUAGACCAUGCGCCGAACUGGUCGAAUGGGUUCGAGGCGGAUCAGAGGGACGGGCUGAGAGCGACGGCAGCGGGCGUGAGCGCGAGCGCAAAGAAGCAGGCCGCCAAGGCUAAGAAGGACUCGGAUUGGGAAGAUGUGACUGUCAAGGGUGAGGAUCCCGAGAAGGAGGCUGCGAGGCCCGAGUGGGAGGAUAGCAGCGAGGAGUGCAAGCUGGUGUUGGUUGUGCGGACGGAUUUGGGGAUGACCAAGGGGAAAAUUGCAGCUCAAUGCGGACAUGCGACUCUGGCGUGCUACAAGCACUUCCUGAAGCACGAUCCCAAGUCCAAGACGUUACGCAGGUGGGAGAAACAAGGGCAGGCGAAGAUUGCGUUACAGGCGAAGGACGAGGACGAGCUGGACAUGCUCCAAGCGACUGCGAUUAGCUUGGGUCUCGUGGCGGAGGUCAUUGCGGAUGCUGGACGGACACAGAUCGCGAGUGGGAGCCAUACGGUCCUUGGGAUUGGACCUGCGCCGAAGAGUGUCGUUGACCAGAUCACGGGGCACUUGAAGCUGCUUUGA